GCCUCUUCUCGAAAACGAUGAGAAGACCAUUUUUAUGGAGACCUCCUCUUCGCUUUGAAAUUCUGGCACCGUCAGCUAAAGAAGUCUUGGCUAACUACCUACCCAGCUGUGCGAUUCACAGGGGUCCAUCCUGCAUCAAAUAUGAAAUCUCAUUCUCACUGCCGGUAAAAUACCCCCGAGGAUUUCAGCCCUCGCAAGCUCAGUUUUAUAGUGUAUAUUUACCUACGAGCCAGGCCGCUGAAACGUCCGGUUGGAGGGUUGAUGGUUUUCCGGGCGGUCCACACGUGAAAACCCGCGCAUACUACCUCUACUGCGUACAUACCUACCUAACCAGCUGAUUGUUGCCGCGCGGCAUUUUCGGGCCCAAAUUCCCACUUACUGCAUAGAAAUUGUCCGCACUGGUCAAAUAUACUUGUACAAGUACAGAAAACAAAGGACGGGAUAAGAUUACCAAGCUAUGGACAGUUCAGUCUCAUCGCCCAAAAGCGUUUCUAAGAAUCCAGAUGGGAUGCUAUGCCGACCGCCGGAUCCGAUAGACGGAGCCUGGUGGCCCUUUAGCGCCGGGAAACCACGUGCUACCUAGGUAGGGAGCGAGACAGUUCGUUACUGGUGACGUUCAGCGCUGAGAAGACUGGCGGAGGGGAAGCAAAGGAUAGAUGCAUGCACAUAGGGACGGAGUCCAGAAGGAUGCCAAAGUAAUGGUGUGUAAUUCUACAGAUUUGCGGGGACAAUUGUAUCGCCGGAGACGAAAGUGAACGCUUGUACAUUACGCUCCUAGCGUCCCAUCGGUCAGCACAGCCAAGAACUGUUUGUCAUUUAGACUAGGCCUUUGGAGAUCCCUCCAGGCACAUGGCUAUCAUGUGAUGAUAACUCCUCGCAGUG